UUCAGUGACGUCAAAGUGGCGUGUGGGGUAUAAAGGUCACCUGCAAGAUCCCUUUGACCUUUCAACCAACGACUACAUCAUUAUCAUUGCAUUUUACUGAAUCACUGUCAGAGAUUACUCUAAUACCCUCCAACUACUACGUACCACACCCGAUCUCUAUCCAUCAUGACAAAGUCCCUCACCAAGGUUGUGUACAAGCCCGACACUCAGUCGACAGACGAGUUUAUUGUCAUUGUUAAUCCAACAGAGUACAAGAAAUGGAAAGCAGGAGACAGAACGAUCCCUCUAGCUGAUGUAGUUGAUUCUUUCAAAGUGUUUUACUCCAAUCAAGGGGCGCAGGGCAUUCUGGGUACGCCGUCAAAGCAACAACUGGAUACCAUCUUUGGUACGACGAAAGACGUCGAUGUCAUGACACAGAUCCUGGAGAAGGGGAAAGAUCAGGCUGGGAACGGCUUCACUUCUGGAAUGACGGCUACGAAUAUUGCACGUGGAAGCUUCUCCAUCGACAGCAAGGGAAAGGGGCUGACAGGCAUAUAAUUAACAUGGUCAUGAUUGUGUAGAUGUUCGUAAUAAGGUCACGAUGUAUCACUAGAGCAAUCGCUCGCGCCCUUUUCUGAUUCGUCAUUCUUAUGCAUCUUGUGCCUGAACGUAGAAGACGGUUGACGUCUCUACUCCCUCGACAUAAGGAGCCGUUGUUACCCUAGCAGGUUCCGUCUGCAUAAACGCGACGUGAUGCU